AUGGCUAAGUAUAAGUUAGAGGUGACAACGGGGAAUAUGAAAAACGGAGGAACAUGGGACCGAAUCUACAUCACUUUAACUGGAUCUAAAGGGCCGAGUGAGCGAACGGAGCUCAACAACUUUGGCAUCAACUUUAAUACUGGAGCGACUGAGACCUACAUGAUAACAACCAAAUUGUCUCUGGGACGACUUCUGUUGCUCAAAGUUGAAAAAAAUCCUAAUGUCAUCCUCCCAGAAAACAUGUGGUUCUGUUCUAAAAUAGUGGUGACGACUCCAGAGGGAGACGUCAUCCUUUUCCCCUGUUACCGAUGGAUGAGCAACGGAGAGGUGGUGGAGCUCAGAGGAGGGAGAGCCAUGAAGGCUCAUGAGGACAACCAUCCCCUUUUGAAUGAACAUAGGAAGAAUGAAAUGAUGCUUAGGAAGAACAUAUAUGGAUUUGAAAACAUUGUAGAUGGAAUUCCACAUUUAACUACUUUUAAAGACAUCAGUGAUCUACCGGUGAACAUCCGUAUGUCUCAGUCUAAAGAAAGCGAAAUGAUGUCCGUACAGAUAUGGAUGAUUCUUGAAUUCUUACUUAAGGGGAUGUUUGGAUCGACUAAAAAAUGGGAAAACAUCGACGACAUCAAAAACAUAUUCUGGCGCAAAACCUCCGAAAUAUCAGAGUAUGUCACAGAUCACUGGAAGGAAGAUGAGUUUUAUGGAUUCCAGUUUCUGAACGGAGCUAAUCCUAACGUAAUCGUACGCUGCUCAGAGCUUCCUCCAAACUUCGCAGUAACAGAGGAGAUGGUGCAGCCAUUCCUUGAGGAGGGAACGACUCUGCAGAAGGAAAUGGAGAAAGGCAACAUAUUUCUGUGUGACCAGACGAUCAUGGAUGGAGUACCAACCAGAGUCAUUGAUGGUAAACCUAUGCAGGUGUCGUCUGGUUUCUGUUUGCUUUACAUGACACCGGAAAGCAAACUGAUGCCGAUCGCAAUACAGCUGGGUCAACUGCCCUCUGAGACCAACCCCAUUUUUCUACCCAGUGAUUCAGAGACGGACUGGCUGUUGGCAAAGAUGUUCAUCAGAAAUGCUGAUUUUAAUCAACUUCAGGCCAUCCACCAUCUAAAGAACUCCCAUUAUUUGGCAGAGGUCUAUAAUAUCUCCACUCUGCGUAACCUCCCUGAAAUUCAUCCCCUGUACAAGCUUCUCAUCCCACAUUUUCGUCACAAUAUCCCUUCAAACAUCAACGGACGCAACCUUCUCCUUGCACCUACAGGACCUCUGGGCCUCAGUUCACUUGGACCUGAUGGGCUGAUGGAGAUCAUGCGAAGGGCUCAUCCUGGUACCACUUACACCACCCUCUGUCUACCAGACAACAUCGCUGCCAGAGGACUGGAGUCUGUCCCCAACUUCUACUACAGAGACGACGGACUGAAGCUGUGGGACGUCAUCCACAGUUUUGUCAAGGCUAUGAUGGAGUACUACUACCCAUCAGAUGAAGAGGUGUGUAAAGACUCUGAGCUGCAGGCGUGGAUCAGUGAAAUAUUCACUCAUGGAUUCUUGGGCAACAAAGAAUCAGGGAUUCCCGAAAACUUUAGCACCGUUGAGGAGCUGAUCAAGUUCAUCACCAUGGUUAUCUUCAACUCAUCUGGUCAACAUGCUACAACAAACCAUUCACAGUUCGACUACCUGUCCUGGUUGCCUAAUGGUCCUCUGCUCCUGGUCCAACCUCCUCCAACCACUAAGGGCCGAUCCAGCAUGAAGACAGUCUUGGAAACCCUCCCACCUAUUGGAGACUCACUUUGGUUUUCAGCAAUGGUGGCGACAAUCACAAACAAGUACACUGACUUUGUUCCAUUGGGUUCAUACCCCGAUGAGCAAUUUGAUGAGCUGGUUCCCAAGCAGAUAAUUAAAGGAUUUCAAGUGGAGCUGAAACAUCUCAGUGAAACUAUCGAUGCGAGAAACUCACAGCUUGAAGUUCCUUACAAUUAUUUCAACCCCAGUCAGAUCGAGAACAGUAUAAAUGUGUAA